AAAAAAAAUCCAAGGACACUCACAAUUCAUCAUAGGAUAUCUUAUCCCAAGGGGACAAGAACAGGGGAGAGUAAAGUGGUCUUUGGACACGAAACAAAGUCAGUCUAAAAUGGUGAGGUUUAGAUGCUUCUUUAACAUGCUCCUUAUCCUCUUACACCUUGUGUUUGCAACAUCUGAAUCAAAUAUUGUGAAGUUCCUUCCUGGAUUUCAAGGGCCACUUCCUUUUGUACUAGAAACUGGAUACAUUGAAGUAAGUGAAACUAAAGCAGAUGAGAAUGCAGAAGUGUUUUACUAUUUUAUUGAAUCUGAGAACAAUCCUAAAGAAGAUCCUCUCUUGCUUUGGCUUACUGGUGGUCCUGGUUGCUCUGGCUUCUCUGGCCUUGCCUUUGAAAUAGGUCCAAUAACAUUUACUAUUAAUGAGGAAUACAAUGGGAGCUUACCAAAUUUGGUCUUGAGGCAACAUUCAUGGACAAAGGUGAGUAAUAUUAUAUUUUUGGAUUUGCCUGCUGGAACUGGAUUCUCAUAUCCCAAAACAGAAACUGCUGUUCAGCAAAGCACCUGGAAACUAGUUCAAAAUGCUCAUCAAUUUCUUAGGAAGUGGCUAAUUGAUCAUCCAAAAUUUCUAUCAAAUGAAGUGUACAUUGCUGGUGACUCAUACUCGGGCAUUCCUGUCCCUAUUAUUGUUCAAGAAAUUUCAUAUGGAAAUGAUGAUGGUCUCCAACCGUGGAUAAACCUCCAGGGAUACAUACUGGGAAAUCCCUUAACAACACCAAAAAACAAUGACUACCGAAUACCAUUUAAUCAUAGAAUGGCACUAAUUUCUGAUGAACUCUACUUGUCACUGCAAAAGAAUUGUAAAGGCAAUUAUAUAAAUAUAGAUCCCCAAAAUGAACUUUGUCAGAGUGUCUUCCAAUCCUACGAGGAGACUAUUUCAAGAGUGUUCACACUUCAUAUUUUGGAACCAAAAUGCGAAUCUGAUUAUCAUAAAGAAGUUCCUAGUAGGAGACAUAUUGAUAAGGCUCACGAAAUUUUUAGUUCUUCGCUCACAAUGCCACCAUCAUGUCGGACUGAUAUACAGUUCCUCAGUCCCUAUUGGGGUAACGAUGAUAAUGUUCGCAAAGUACUGCACAUUCGAAAGAGCCUUUUGCUUGUUGCUGUUCUUUGCAAGGAGUUGUAGUACGUGAUUAUGUUUAUGUAUUGGCAGUCGAAUCAUUCGCCAAUUAUUAACUCCGGUUGUUGCUUGCAAGUGUUCACACAUUCUUUAUGGAUUCUCGUUUGUUAGAAUUAACUAGGGUAAGUUCCACUGUGUUGUUUUAUAUCUGUAUUACCUUCUUGGGCUGACUUACACUUUUGUGUAGAAUGUUUCUUUAGGGCAAGACAGUUCCUCCUUGUAUAUAUUUUUUUUUCUUCUUUCUGUUGAUAUAUUUAUGAGCUAUAAACAUAUGGUGGGAGAAUUUCUGGAUGCCAACAUAAUUAGGAU